GUAUAUAAGAAACAGACAUGCUCUGCAGAGAGUCUGUGUGUUUGCCUGUACCUCCUUUUCUUCUUCCUCCUCUGCGUUCUUCAUUGCCCUUCUCUUUCUUUCUUUCUUUCUUUCUCGGGUUUUGGUGUGCGAUUGUUUUGGUUGGUUGGUUUUAUUGGUUGAGCUUUUCAUGCUACUCCUCUCUGUGCGUUUAGCUGGCUUUGGUGGCGUGCUCUGUUAAAAGAAAACAGACUAACCUCCAAAACGAAUCCGUUUCUCUCUUUCCCUCUUUUUCUUUCUCGGAGACUAAAAUGAGAGUUGAAAUUCGUUUUGUCUAACCUAUAUAUAAGCAUUUUUGUGUUUUCAUGGAUAUUAUCGAAACCAAGUGAGGACUGUGUCUCUGUGUGUGUUGGUGUUUGGUGGCCGAAAUUUUAAUCCGAAAUUUUGUAUUUGGGGGGAAAAGAUGACGUCGACUCGGUCCGAAAUGCAAGAGCCGAGCAUCGACACCGAUAAGCUCAGCUACGAGAUAUUCUCCAUAUUGGAGAGCAAGUUCCUCUUCGGCUACGACGAUCAGAAACUCUGGGUCCCCAAGCAGGUCUCUCCGUCUCCGCCCCCCUCCGACCCCAAACUCGAAACCCAGCCCCAAUCCGAAACCCCCGUUUCGGCAAUCAAGAACCAGAGGGGCAAAAUCUGCAUACUCAGCAUCGACGGCGGCGGAGGCAUGCGGGGGAUUCUCUCUGGCAAGGCCCUCGCGUAUCUCGAGCACGCGCUCAAGCUCAAAUCGGGCAAUCCCGAAGCCAGAAUCGCCGAUUACUUCGACGUUGCUGCCGGCGCCGGCGUCGGAGGCAUCUUUGCCGCCAUGCUCUUCGCCAGCAGAGACCAGGCCCGGCCUAUGUUCAAGGCCGACGACACGUGGCGCUUCCUCGCUGAUCACGGCAAGAGCUUCUUCAACAACCGCUCCUCCUCCGCUAGUUCGGGCGGGUUCCUCCGCCGGUUCAUCCGAGGUUCUGGUUUGGGUUCCGGUUUGAGCGCCACGGCCGGUUUGGACAAAGCGAUGAAAGAGGCCUUCGCCGAUAACGAUCGAACCCUGACUCUAAAAGACACGCUCAAGCCGGUUUUAAUCCCCUGCUACGACCUCUCCAGUACGGCACCGUUUUUGUUCUCCCGCGCCGACGCGCUCGAAACCGACAGCUACGACUUCCGCCUCUGGGAGGUCUGCCGCGCCACGUCAGCCGAACCGGGAGUCUUCGAACCGGUUCAAAUGCGGUCGGUCAACAACCAGACCCGGUGCCUCGCCGUGGACGGCGGAUUGGCCAUGAGCAACCCGGCGGCUUCGGCGAUCACGCACGUGCUGCACAACAAGCAGGAGUUUCCGUUCGUGCGAGGGGUCGAGGACAUAAUGGUCCUUUCAAUAGGGACCGGCCAGUUUCUAGAAGAAGCAAGGUACGAGUACGAGCAGGUGAAGAGGUGGAGGGCAAAGGAAUGGGCUCGGCCCAUGGCCAAAAUUGCCGGCGACGGGUCAGCGGACCUGGUGGACCAGUCCGUCGCCAUGGCGUUUGGUCAGUGCGGAAGCAGUAACUACGUGCGCAUUCAGGCAAAUGGGACAAGCUUGGGACGGUGCGGGCCAAAUGUAGAUACGGACGCAAGUCCCAACAACGUGAAGAUGCUGGUAGGAGCGGCAGAGGAAAUGCUGAAACAGAAGAAUGUUGAAUCAGUACUCUUUGGUGGUAAGAGAAUUGGUGAGCAGAGCAAUUUCGAGAAGCUCGAUUGGUUUGCUGGAGAACUGGUUUUGGAGCAUCAGAGGAGGAGUUGCAGAAUAGCUCCCACUGUUGCCUUCAAGCAAGCUGCUGCCAAAACCACUUAGCCUACUACCUCCAACAAAACCAAAAGGUGAAUAGACAGACAUCAAAGGAAGGGAAAUCCAAAAAAAAGAAGGGGAAAAGAGAAGUAAUGUAGCAAACAGCUUUACUUUUGUAAGUGGAGAUAGUAAGAGAAGAGGAGGGAUUGUGGGGGUCAUUGGAUUGAGUGAAAAGGACUAGUAGUUUGUAAAAAGGGUUGAAGAUAUAAUGGGAUUCUUUGCCUGCCAGAGGACAUGCAUUGUGGUCUCCACUCUAACCUUUCUACAAUGGCAAGGAACCAAGGGUGGUAGAAAAAAGCAAAAGCGAGAUAAAAAAGCUUUUGAGGUCAAACAAACAAGAAUCAGAUAUUCAGGUGUGAAUCUAUUGAUUUCAGAUUGAGUACUCAGGGGGUGGGAAGAUAACUGUUUCCAUAUUUCUUCCCCUACCCUUUUUCGGUUUUAUAUGUUUCAAUUUACCCCCAAAUGGGUUGUCCAAUAUCCGUCUUUUCAUCCUCACUCUCAAGAAACUUGAGAAGGUGGGUGGGUAGGUGGUGGUGGGCUGGCUAAAGCUUAUGAUGAAAACCCAGAGUUAAAAAAAUAGCCAAAGCUAUUUGUUUGUCUUUGGCUUUUAGCUUUUAGCUUUUUACCUCUUCAAUAUAUUUUCAUUUGAAUAUAGAAUGUUUGUAGUGGUGGCAGAAAAGUUUUUCAGAGUGUGGGUUAUCUUUUUCAAGCGACUGACCAUUUCUUUCCAGAGUGGGGGCCUUCAUAUUAGGGGCUAGUUCUUGGAGCCUUUCUAGAGGUAGAAGAAAAAGUAGUCUUUUUUUUUUUUUUUCCUUUCAUGUUGAAGUGUAUAAUAUAGGAUUUUGGGUCCUCUAUUUGAAGUUCCAUGAUUUGUUUAAAGAGAAAAAAAUUCCAACUUCUUUUUGUA